ACUAGCUGUUGAGUAAUACCUGUCUAUACUUCUUUUUUUCAGUAUUUGCAUGUAAACAUAUGGUGACUUUCCAGCUGACAUUGAAUAGAAUCGUAAGAUAAGGUUUUCUCUAAUCAAAUUGAAUACCGAGGCAAUUCAAGAAUUUUUGUUCCUUCCUCAAGGAAUUGUACUCCAUUGUUCCAAUGGAGGAGACAGCAGAAGCUGGUAUUUCCAGGAAAAGCAGUAUGAAGGAGAAGGGCCAGGGUACUCGGAAGACCCAAGAGCUGGCAUAUAAAGAUGAUGUGGAGGAUACAGAAGAGAGAAGCAGUGAUGUGGAAGAGGAAAGUUUCACGUUAGACAAGGGGUUUAAUUUCAACUCUGCAGUGCACAUUAAGGAAGAAGACUGUGAUUGGGAAUCAAGCGACUAUACACAGCAGACUGUCCGAAUUAAGGAAGAGGAUGAUGAAGAUGAAGAGGAGGAAGAGGAGGAGGAUUAUGAAUGGGACACUGUAAGUGUUAAAGGAGACUCUGAGGAAACACCAGAGGACUUUGAUGUACCAGAGCAUGAAAUUAUAACCUGUGUUAAAGAAGAAGAAGAAGACGACGAUUUCAAAUCCGAGUUUAUUUCACAAUGUUCUUAUGGAGAUGAAGAGACAACUGGAUUAAAUUCCAUGUGGAACAGUCGCCACUAUAUGCAAGAGGAUCCUGACCAUGAACAGUCUAACUCGGUGGAGUCUAGUGCAAAAACAUCUGAAAAGCCUUCUGCUUCAGGUCAAUCUGGUGAAAAUUUACAAGAGGAUGACAGCUGUUUUGAGUCUUCAUUAAAUGAGACAUCAUUUCAAGACAUAGCUCAAUAUUAUCAGCUUCAAGAAAAUAUGAAGAAGUCGGGUGUAAGACCUUUGAAAUGGGCCACGGUACAGAAAUAUCUUCUACCUAUGGCAAAGAUGUCUGGGGUGGAUGCCAUCAAAAGUCUCCAAAACAUUCAAAAUGCGAAUUCAGGCAAUUUGUUACCCUGUCCAUUAUGUGGAAAAUUUUUUAAAAAUAGCUCUGACUUAGAAGAACACCAGCGGAAUCACACGCAGAUGUUUGGUUGUGAAGAAUGCGGUAAACAAUUUGUGCACAAAGCUCAUCUUAAAAUGCACGCGAGAAUCCAUACUGGAGAGAAAACCCAUUGUUGCACUGAAUGUGUCAAGCGAUUCAGAGUAUCCAGUGAUCUUCGCAAACAUAUGAGAAUUCACACUGGUGAGAAGCCACACUGCUGUACUAUGUGUGACAAGCGUUUCAGAGAAUCAAAUGAUCUCCUGCGACACAUUAGAACUCACACUGGAGAGAAGCCGUAUGGCUGUACUGAGUGUGGCAAGCGAUUCAUUGAUAAAAGUUCUGUGCAAAGACACAUGAAGAUUCAUGCAGAAGAGAAAUUAUAUUGCUGUAGUGAAUGCGACAAGCGAUUCAAAGAACUUCGUGCACUUCGGAAGCACGUGAAGAUUCAUGCUGAAGAGAAGCCGUAUUGCUGUAGCGAAUGUGGCAAGCAGUUUGUAGAACAAUGUGCACUUCGAAAACACAUGAUAAUCCAUACAGGAGACAAGCCAUAUGGCUGUACCGAAUGUGGUAAGCGAUUCAGAGACUCGAGUGAUCUUCAGAGGCACACGAAAAUUCACACCGGAGAGAAGCCAUAUGGCUGUGAUCAAUGUGACAAGUGGUACAUUGAUAAAAUGUCUCUCCAGAGACACAAGAAAACUCAUUCGGGUGAGAAGCCAUUUGUCUGUGGGGAAUGUGGCAAACCUUUCAUUGAUAAAAGUUCUCUUCUGAGACAUGAGAGAAUUCACACCAGAGAGAAGUUGUAUUUCUGUUGUGAAUGUGAUGAGCGAUACUCAGAACUCCGUGAUCUUCGAAGACACAUGAAAGUCCACGCUGUAGAGAAGCCUUAUGGUUGUACUGAAUGUGGCAAGCAAUUCAAAGCGUCAAGUGAUCUUCACCGACACAUGAGAAUUCAUACCGGAGAGAAGCCGUACUGCUGUAGGGAUUGUGGCAGGCGAUUCAGAGUCUCGUGUGAUCUUCGUAGACACAUGAGAACUCAUUUGGGCCAACUGGCAAGACCACCUCCAGCUGACAAGACUGCAGCCAACUGGCAAGACAACGGUGAACUAGAAAUACAAGAAAUUCAGUUGUAAAACCAACUGGUAAAGAAUAAAGAACAUAAAUACAGUAGAAAAAUAUUCUCCUCUAUCACUCCAACCUCAUGUGGAUCAAUUACUGACCUAUGGAUGGCUUAGCAGAGGCAAACGGAGAGAAGGGUGAACAUCUAAUCAUGGCUAUACAAAACAGUGUCCCUUGUGUUAGGUGGUUCAAAGCAUCAAUAGAAAAAUAAUCGACAAACAACUUUGAAAGUAACACGAGCCAUACACCUGGUUGCAGAAUACAAGGUACUGAUGGCCAUGGCUUUGCACCAAGGUUUAUGCAAAAAUAAGAUGUCAUAUCUCCCCAUUGGCAACUGCAAAGAAAAUAACCUACCUAUCACUACCACAGACUCAUUAAAACCACAGUUCUCCAAUAAUAUUGUAAAAUGUGCUAGUCACAUGGGGCACGCUAACCGCUAUAUGAUAGGAUGCCCAAAUAUAACGUUGAACGAAAGUCCCUCAGAAAAAGCCUAAAUAAUUAUUAAUUCCAAGAGGCUGCCUAAGAUGGCAGAGACAAAUAAUAAAGAGAUGCCAUCUGAGAACUUCCAGAUAUUGGAUAAAAUAACUGAUUGGUUCUUGGAUCCACGGGAUAUAUGAAUAGAAAACUCUAGAAGAUCUGGAGAUUAAUAUCACUCCUGAGCUACAGAAAGCAAAAAUGUUGCAAGGGGCAAUGCCGGGACAACACAAAGCCUUUGCUGUUGAGAGUAAAAGCAUUAUGAAAUGUGAGAUGUACUUCUGUCGCAAAACUUUGCAUGGUGAAACUGACACCUGUGAGAAAUAUGGCAAGAGCUUCACACCCACCUAAGUGGUCUUCAAGUACACAAUGUCAUUCAAACUGUAGAAAAGCCAGAUGAGUGUAUUGAAUGAGGCAAGCAUUCCAGUCAAGUGUACUUCAAGCGCACAUCUGAAUUCACACCAGAGAGACGCCAUCUUCCUACCUUUAUGUGGGAAACUAUUCAAGACUUUUAACCUGCAAAGAAAUGCACCAUUGUAGUUGCAAAAUAGUAGCCAGCUUUCUCUUCUUUUUCUAAAGUACAACAUUCAGAUAGUGAGAUAAUGGAGAUGCAAAUGUGCAGGUAGUCGCUGCAUACAAACUUCCAUAGAAAAGGAAAGAUAUUUGGGAGAACUGGCUAUAAUGAGUGAAGAAAACGCAUUCAGAAGAAAUCUCUGUAAUUGAAUUGUUACACCAAAGUAACUGCGUUGACAUAUGGAUGGAGAGGGAAAGAGAGAGGAAAAAAUUACAGAAUGCUAAGAAAUACAGCUUGAGGUAAGCCAGAUGUGAAAGAAUACUAAAAUUGUUAAGUGUUUUUGUUUUGUUUGUUUUAAUUUUUUUUUUAGCUCCAUAGUACUUAGCUUACUACCAAGACGUUGUCUUUAUUACUGUUACUCCUGAGGAGGAGGCAUUAUCUACAGGCAAUUCUCGUACAACACUUACAGCCAGUUUUACAAGAAGACUGUGACUUUAAGAGUGAUGUUCCUCUCCGCCUAGCAGACCCAAGUGGACAUAACCCUCAAAGUGGAGAACUGCCGUGAUUGCUAUAAUCCUAGUCAAGAACUUCAAUGAAAUUUUGUCAACGUCCGUAAGUGUUUAUUAGCUCUGAACUGUUGCUUUGCAGAAGAUUAUGCAAUUAGAUAGCAAGCUUUUCCAACUAAUUUAAGAGAAUAAAAACAACAUAGUUAUCUGUAUACUUUUUUUUUUUUUGCAUGCUUUUUUUUUUUUUGGUGGUCCAAAGAGGAACGUUUGGUUAUUCAACAGGAUUUUUUACAAGCAGGUAUAAAAAUACUAUAAGCUUGUCAACAGGCUGUAGCAGGGCCCAUGAAAUAUAAGAUUGUUUUUUUUUUUGUUUGUUUUUUUUUAUUGUAAGUUUAAAAAGAAAAAACAUUACUGUUACUUUUUAUUUCUCAUUUGACUGUUCUUCUUGAAACAAUGGAAGGAAGGCAGGAAAUGUUUUUUUUUUUUGCGCUGUACACAGCUUCACAAAUCCAGCAUCCUGGGUUAAAACCCCAUACCUUCCUGUUGUCUUUCUCCUCUUGUCUUUGGGGCCAGCAGUUUGAUACAGAGGCUAAGAAACUGAACUUUAAACCUUCAGGGCGGCGGUUCAAUUCCAGCCUAUGCCUAACUAUGUGACCCUGCCUGUGCUCUUAUCUGUUUAAAAAAAAAUAAUAAUAAUAAUUCUGUAAACUAUUGUAACGUGUACUGGUAUUGUAAGUCGCCUUGAGUAAUGACAUCAGCUAAAUAUGUAGAAAUUAUAAAAAAAAAAAAAAAUAGCUGCAAGUAUAUGUCCUCUGUUGAUAGGAUGUGCAUUAAUAAAGGACUUUGAUUAAUAAAGAUGAUUACCUUA